UUUUAGUGUGUAACACACGUCCAGUCAAGGAAAGGUACGCAACUGUGUCGAGCCGUUUCAAAAAAGGGGAGUGAAUUACUUGAGAAUAUUUGUAGCGGUAAUUUGUUUUUUAAAACUAGGCCAAAGUUCACCGGGGUCGAAUGGCUACAGUACACGUAUCGUACUGAAUGUUUACUUGCUGAAGAACUGUUUUAUCCACGUGAUUUUUUUCCCCGGGUUAUUAAUAGACUGUACGAGACAACAUUUCGUUAGACCGUGUGUGUUUUGAUUUUACGUGGACGUUCAUUUGAUGUCAAUAUAAGUUGGAGAGUCACAGCAACAGUUAACAGUAAUAAAAUCGAUCAGCUGACAAACGGACGACCAGCUGUCUACCUAUUCAAGUACGAUUCACAGGCGGUGAUUAGGAACAUUUGUUACCCGGAGUAUUUUGUCCCCAGUGACUUGAGAGUUUGUGACACUUAGAAGACGGGAAGGAAUUUGUGUUUGUGAUUCGGAGAUAAGAAAAUUUUCUUGGAAUUGUGGGUAGUUUCGUUUUGUGAAGAAAAUGGUGACUUUAAAGCUGUAAGUGUGAGGAUUUAGAAGUACAAGGACGAUUUUUAUGGUGGUGUCUCGUUGUAUGGCUUUGGAUUAACGUUAUAUUUAAACUACUUAAACUAUAAAUUUUACACAGUAGCUCAGAUGCAAUGAAUAUCAUCGGUGCUAAAGUGUUUGCGGGAUUCUUAUUUUUUAUUCUGACCUUGUUUUUCGGCUGGACGCCAUUUUGGUGCUUCAAGCGAUGCGCGCGCAUCAAAGGUUCACACCAAAGAAGAGUUCCCGUGCUGGAUUAUCUCCACUCUCUGGCGUCUGGGGUCUUCAUCGCCACCUGUUUCUUGAACCUUCUCCCAGAGAGUCUAGCGACAGUCCGAGACACACUGGUUUCCAAAUCCUGCAAACACAACGAAGGCCUGAACUCGACCAGGCUGCCAACGGAAGGUGUUGAAGAGGUUAAAGACGCAUACCCACUAGCAGAACUGUUAGUCGUGUUUGGGUUUUUAUUCAUCUACAUGACCGACACCGUCAUUAAAUCCUGGAAAAGAACGCGGAGGAGGACGGUUCAGGUUGCUAUAGAAGAGGAACCGAACGACGACGAGGUUGUGUUUCAACAGCGCGAUGCGGACAAGUACGACGAGGGCAACAGAUCACCCAGAUGGAUGAAGCCGAAAUUUACGGCGUUUCCUAACGCGCCUGGAGCUACUGCAACCACGUCAAUACAACGAUCAGAAACUACAAAUUUUGAUGAAAACACCGCAGGGGGGUCGACAGAAAGAUCGAGUGAUACGGAAGCUUUCAUUUCUAAAGAAGUUCAUGACCUGUCUGAAAAAAAAUCCCCUUUGACCAGCUCCGGGCAGUUGAGGUCCAUGGCGUUGGUUGCCGCUUUGUGCAUUCACGGGUUUUUCGACGGGGUCAUGCUGGGUCUGCAGACUUCCGAGAAGGUCAUCAUGUCCCUGAUCUUCGCCCUCUCCCUCCACAAGACCUUCGUGUCCAUCAGUUUGUCCUUGACACUGCUCAGCAACUACGACAAGCAGACGAAGCUCUCGCGGAUUCUCCUCUACGUCUUCCUGUUCGCUGUCGUGGCCCCUGCCGGAUUGGCCAUGAGCGCGGCUUUCGUCCACACGGCCUUUGACCUUUCGGAGCGGACGGGUCAGGCCAGUAUGAUCCCUGGGUGCCUUCAAGCCUUCGCCGUCGGGACGUUCAUGUACGUGGCCUUCACCGAGACCACGGAGCGACAUUCGAAGAAAACGGCCCAGGCCGAGAUCUGCAACCACGUGGUGCUGUUGGUAGGCUUCGCUUCGAUGGCGGGACUGAGAGGGUUUCUUGGUGCAGAGUAGGGCAUGGAACAUGUUCCUUCUUGGGGAGUAGGACAUGGAACAUGUUCCAUCUUGGAGAGUAGGACAUGGAACAUGUUCCUUCUUGGGGAGUAGGACAUGGAACAUGUUCCUUCUUGGGGAGUAGGACAUGGAACAUGUUCCUUCUUGGAGAGUAGGACAUGGAACAUGUUCCUUCUUGGGGAGUAGGACAUGGAACAUGUUCCUUCUUGGGGAGUAGGACAUGGAACAUGUUCCUUCUUGGGGAGUAGGACAUGGAACAUGUUCCUUCUUGGGGAGUAGGACAUGGAACAUGUUCCUUCUUGGGGAG